AUGCGCUACACUCCGUUCGCUUCCGAUAUAGAGUUCCCGUUCUAUACGGCUUUGUCAUCACUUAAGAUUAAUCACGACAAACUUGACGAUGCUGCCCGUAAAGUGCUAGGUCUCUAUGAGGUUCGAUCCACAGACCUCCCUAAUGCCUCCUGUCGAAUGCAGAUACAUGGGAACGCCCUGACAACAGAUGAAACACCGGCUGGGUUUUAUCGAGCUGAAGGAGUGAUCAAGAAUGUCAAUACACUUGAGGAGUAUACAAACAUCGAUAAGGCACAUAUUCUCCAGCAGUCCGCGAAAACGGUCUGGGAUGCUAUAUGCGAUGGCACUAUUUAUUCGUGCCCCUCUUUGCUUGCGUCAUUCUUCAUUUUGUCGUACGCGGAUCUAAAGAAAUACAAAUUUCACUAUUGGUUCGCAUUCCCGGCACUGCACUCGAGCCCUUCAUGGGCCCUUCUCGAGAGGACCGAGGAAACUGUCAACUCCUGUCAAACUAGAGAAGCGGUGUCACCGGCUGGGGGUCUAGAAGAUCCUGAAUUAUCAAAUCUCGUGGAGACGGUCAAGACGUGGAGCUACAGUGUAGAAGACCGCCAGCGAGGGUUUUUCUUGGCCAGGAGACUUCAUGGUGCCAGAAAUGGGACAAUUUACGAAAGCAACUCAGAAGUUACCGACAAAUUUACGGAAUCAUUAAAUCACGAUGGCCCACGGUGGAGGAUUGCUCCUCUCCUAGCCUACGAGGAUGGCUUUUUCAGAGAUGCGAGAUUUGAAGACUGCUUCGUCUGUUUCGCUGAUCCUUCAAACUAUGAGGAUGCACCCGGAUGGAUGCUGAGAAAUCUUCUGGUACUUGUAAAACGACGAUGGGGACUCAAUAAGAUCCAGGUACUGAGAUACCGUGACAUGCAGCCGCAUCCCAGCCGCGGUCAUUACAAAAGCAGAGUGUUGACUCUGCAAUCGGACGACAUACAAGCAGCGGCUACUGCAGAGUCGCAAAGUUCGACCAAAGACAUGCCUAAGGUGACCGGCUGGGAGCGUAAUCCAGCGGGUAAAUUGACAGGUCGCUUCGUCGACCUCACAGAGUACCUGGAUCCUAAGAGACUAGCCGACCAGUCGGUCGAUCUAAAUCUGAAACUCAUGAAAUGGCGUAUCAGCCCUAAUCUUGACCUUGAUAAGAUCAAGCGCACCAAGUGCCUCCUAUUGGGGGCAGGAACCCUCGGGAGCUAUGUUGCGAGGAAUUUGAUGGGCUGGGGGGUGUCUAAAAUCACCUUCGUGGAUAAUGGAUCCGUAUCGUUCUCUAACCCUGUGAGGCAACCACUUUACAAUUUUGUCGAUUGUAUAGACGGCGGGGUGAAGAAGGCUCUUCGAGCGUCUCAGGCCCUGUUGGAGAUAUACCCGGGAGUCAACUCUACGGGCCAUGUCCUCUCUGUACCCAUGGUUGGACAUCCUGUCAUUGAUGCUGAAAAGUCUCGGGCGGAGUUUGAUGUACUCCAGAGACUUGUUGAAGAGCAUGAUGUCAUUUUUCUCCUAAUGGAUACGCGCGAAGCACGCUGGCUGCCAACUGUCAUGGGGAAGGCGGCUGGUAAGAUAGUUAUGAAUGCGGCUCUCGGUUUCGAUUCGUAUGUGGUUAUGCGGCAUGGGAUUAAAGCGAUUACAGAGCCAUCAGCAGAACUCGGGUGCUACUUUUGCAACGAUGUCGUUGCACCGAUGAACUCUGUCAAAGAUCAAACUCUUGAUCAGCAAUGCACCGUUACUCGACCUGGUGUGGCGGCUAUAGCUUCGGCGUUGCUGGUAGAGUUGCUUGUUUCCCUUCUUCAACAUCCCCUGGGUGCUGCAGCACCGGCCCCGACCUCGCGCAGCGAUGAUCGAGGAGAUCAUCCACUGGGGCUCGUGCCACAUCAAGUCAGGGGAUUCCUUGCGACAUUUGAAAAUAUUCCAGUCACAGGCAGAAGCUACAAACACUGCAGCGCUUGUUCAGAUAACAUCACCCGCGCUUAUAAAGAGGACGGUUGGGAUUUCGUUCUAAGGGCUUUGAAUGAGCCCGGAUACGUUGAAGAACUGAGCGGUCUCAAGGAGGUUCGUUAG